AUGAUUGUUACAUCUCGCAGGCGACCGACCUUAUUCGUUGUCGCAUUGAUUACUUUAUUCCUCGCUAUAACCUUUUGCUACCAUUCGUACACCGAUAAUGAGGCACUCAUUGCUUUGUUACCAUAUAGCGCUAAAUUCUCAAACUCUACAAUAUCAACUUCCCUGAUCUCACUAUCUCUGCACUCCUCUCAGCCUCAAGAAUCAGAUUCUUCCCCAAACCCAAGAACCUCGAGGCUACAUUAUCUCAUUCCAGCCAGCCUACCGAAUCUGCAUUUCUGCUAUAAUCUUGUUUCCUCGGCAGUCAACCGCUACCCAGUUCCUACACUACUUGGAUGGCAUGGAGUUGACGAAUUUGACGCAGCAAAUACUCACCUAGCAAAAUUGCGCGCCAUGGAACGAUAUUUCAACUCGCUUCCAUCUGCAGAAGACGAUGACUUGGCAAUCAUAGUCGAUGGCUACGACAUUCUCAUCCAGUUACCUCCAGAGAUCAUGAUCGAGCGAUACUUUCAGAUUGCCGAGCGUGCUGAUGCUCAGUUAGCAAGCCGCUUUGGCGUAAGUGUCCGCGAGCUUCACAAACGCGGUCUUCGCCAGACCAUCUUUCUGGGACCCGACAAAAUCUGCUGGCCCAUCGAUCCUCUGGCGCCUCGUUGCUGGGUUGCUCCCGAAUCACCUAUUCCGCGGUCCGCCUGGGGACCGAACAAAGGAGAUUGGGAGAUAAUAUAUUCCGAUCCUCGAUGGCUCAACUCGGGAACCAUCAUGGGGCCGAUUGGUGACCUGAGGAAAUAUAUCGCCGCCACCAUGGACGAAAUCACGGCGACGCAUGAUCCUGCGUAUGAGUUUAGAGAGUCGGAUCAGUACUAUCUCUCUAAUGUCUGGGGAAGGCAGGAAUACUGGCGCUCGAGGGUGAUGAAGGGCAGAGCCCCGGCAGGUCCACCAGGCAGGAUCAUCCCGGUUAAAAAUAGUCCUUUUCAGAAGACUGAGUAUCACGUCGCCAUCGAGUACGAGUCCGCCCUGUUCCAAACCAAGGCUGGAUAUGAGCCUUAUUUUGGAUAUCUACAGUUCAACGAAUCCGAUUUGACAGCUAGACUUACCGCUGACAUCCUCCAGGAAGGGUCUGCGUUUGAGCCUUCUGCGAUAAAGAUGCCUGAGAAUAUUGCUGCCUCGCUGAGCAAAUUGUAUAACGCCAUCCCGGAGGCUCAUCCUGGAUCUACAUCGGAAGACUGGCUAAGCAUUGUUCAACUGGGCGUCAACUUCAUCACAAAUCAUAUCUAUGGCCUGUGGCACUGCACAGGACCCAAAGACUUCGUUGGGCUUGAGUAUCCUACUCUAUGGUUCUACCCCUUUGUCAAAUCCCUACUCAAGGCAGCAGUUAAAGCGUCCCAAGCCGGUGAACCCCUGACGCAGAAACUCAUUGACGGUCGAAAAUGGGCUCCCAAGAACUAUUAUCCCACCUCUGCUGAUUUGAAUGACGAAUUUGGCGGGGCUUGGUCAGAUUUGAAUGACGAGUUUGUUCCUUGGCGAGAUCUUUGUCAACCUCACAAUGAGGUGCUAUUCCAAGGGGAAGAGAAAGGGUCUGAACUACAUCUAGGUAGUCUCUGAGGAUGGCUAAAGUUUGGAUAAGGGGGGAUAUAAAUACAAGGUAUGGUUUGGCGUCUUUCACAUGGAGUUUGGCCAAAGGGAUUCUUUCUAUAGACAGUUCGACAAGGUUUCUGGUGUAUGGCGUUUGGGUAGGUAUUGGAUUUGCGUUAUUGCAUUGAAGAAAGAUUGUACAUUGUGGGAUACGGUUUGGUGGAGGUAGCAACAGAAGAGAUAGAUGUGAGCGGCGUUGCAUUUCAAUACCCAUUUUUCAUCAAAGGUGCUCACUUAGACAAAAUGAGAUACUACGGCACUCUUAAUGCACU